AUGAAGCUGAGCAGAAGAGAGGUUCCUAUUUAUGGCCAAGCAAAGGUUUUUGCAAUGAUCCCAUCGGUUCAGGAGGAAGAGGUUUUUGUGGUUCUAGAGGGCUCAACUCUACUACAUGUUCUGCAAACUAGAGUUCACUCAAUGCUAUACUUCAUCGUUCCAGGUCAUAACCAGCCAGAGAUGGUGCGCGUCCGAGCGUAUAUAUAUACAGAUGAUGCUGUGAUGUGUGUGGGUGUGUCUUAUCUGACAUACAUGGAGGAUAAUGCACAGGAGCUGGCUGAAUACCUGGUUACCCAUAGCGACUGUCUCAGCACCACUGUGUACAGACAUCUGAUUGGUCGAUAUGUUUUGAAUGACAGCUCUGCAAGGACAGAUAUGGAUCAUAGGGUCACACUCGCCCUAGCCAACCUACACACCCCUCACAAUCUUCUCGGACAGUCAUCACAAGUUGAUGGACUCACAACUCAUACUGCUUCAACAUCCAGUUCUCUCACUGACUCCAGCAGUACCAUAACGAACAGCAUCAACACUCUGCAGGCUGGUGAGGAUCAGGAAUCAUUUGACUCUUUUGAGUUUGAAUCAGACUCUGCGGCAUCUGAGCAAGAUUCUCCAGUCCAAGACAAAUUACUCAUCUCUAGUCCACAGGACGGGCCUUUCCCCUUCAUCAAUGAAGAAACAUCCACAGAGACCAGACAUCCUGGUAUGUGGUGUGACAAAUCAGAGAAAGAAGAGAAAGAGAAAUUCAUCCCUACAUCCAAAAGUGAGAUAGAGAAAUAUAAAGUCAAUGCAGAGGUUUCCUCAGCUUUGCACCAGCUCUGUCUACCGCAGCAGCCUGUUAAAGCAGCUUGUGUAGUCUGUGAGGGAGCUGACAGUAAUGAACCACAGCAGUGCACAUACUCGUCUAGUCAAAGUUCUCCAUCCCUGUCUCUGGGCAAUGACGCCACCAUGUCACACAGAAAGCGGAGUAACAGUGAGGGGUGUGGCCAUGAUUUCAAGCUAUGGAAAAGCAAGUCUUUUAUUGGUUGCUCUUCUGGAAGCCCCACCUCCAGUGAGUUUUCCCAGACAUUCCGAACCUAUUCUACUGAUUCUUUGGCUCACAUAUCAUUUGACUACUCUGCUGAAUCUUGGAGCGCUGUCGUGGACAAUGAAUUCAGUAGGACACUGGACAAAAAGGUGGUCAAGAGACAGGAGAUCAUCUAUGAGCUGAUGCAGACAGAAUUUCACCAUGUGCAGACUCUCUCUGUUAUGGCUGAUGUUUUGAGGAAGGGACUGUUGGAGGACGUGCAGCUGGAGCAGGACGUGAUCGCUCAGAUUUUCCCCAGGCUGGAUGAGCUCUUAGCUUUGCAUAAAAACUUUCUUAUAGACAUGGAGACCAGACAGCGUGCAUCUAUUCACCCAGGAAUGCAUAAGAACUACAUCAUACAACAAAUUGGUGAUAUUCUGUGUCAACAGUUUGCAGGUCGAAAUGCUUCUCAGAUGAUAGAGCUGUAUGGUGAUUUCUGCAGUCGGCAUCCAGAAGCUCUGAAAAUUUAUAAGCAGCUAUUACAGAGCAACAGGAAAUUACAGUUAUUUCUCAGACAGCAGAGUAACAACUCUGUCAUCAAACGGCGUGAAAUCCCAGAAUUCCUGUUGCUUGUUACCCAGAGAAUCACAAAGUACCCUGUUCUGAUAGAGAGACUCCUUCAACACACUGAUGAUAACAGUGCUGAGCGCUAUGAUAUUGCAGUGGCGCUGGAGGGUCUUCGGGGAUUGAUAGAAGAGGUGGAGCGACGUGUGGGAGAUUACCAGAAUGCAGAGAAACUACAAGAUAUCAUCAGUCGCCUAGACAACAAGAGCUGCACUCGCCUGAAGAACGGAGAGAUCUUCGGCAAGCAAGACCUGCAGAAAACACACCGAACUCUCACACACUCUUCAGCACUGACCUGUAGGACCACCUCUGGCAGACUGAGAGAUGUUCUUGCACUGCUCCUCACAGAUGUUUUGACUUUCCUUCAGGAGAAAGAGCAGAAGUUUGUCUUUGCUGCACUGGAGCAGAAGCCGUCUGUGUUGCCCUUGCGAAGGCUCAUUGUGAGGGAAAUAGCCAAUCAGGAGAGAGGAUUAUUUCUGAUCAGCGGCGAUUGCUCUGUGGGGCCUGAGAUGUACGAGAUACACACACAAACUCGUGAGGAACGCAACACAUGGAUGACACUGCUGAGACAGGCUGCUGAUAGCCUUCCUGAUGAUCAGACUAAGAAGAAUGAGGGGGAAAUCAAAGUCAAAAAGAUACAGAAGUUACAAGGUACACAUCCAUCCAUCUUUCCACCCACCUGUGCAUGA